AUGGGCAACGCCGUCGCCGCGAAGGUCGCGCCCUGGGUCCGCAAGGAGGACACCUUGACAAACCUGCCGCCGCCGCGCCCCGUGCGGCCGUCGCAGGCGCCGCUCCGGCGCCUGAGCUUCUACGCGGCCAAGCUCAUCACGGAGGACUCGAUGACGCAGCUCGACAAGGACGACCCCAUGGCCCACCUCGACUGGCACGCGUUCCUCGUGCACACGGAUUUAUGUACCAUGAACUACGACUGUUUGGGGGUGGACGACGACACGCGGCUGCGCCACCUCGUGCGCAUGGUCGAGAACCUGAAGGUCGCUUCCGUUCUGAACAAGGCGCCCGGUGCGUUACUCCCCUUCGUGUACGACAUCAAGCAGUGCAUGCGCGCGAACCCCUACCACGGCUUCUCGCACAUCACGGACGUGACGCAGUACAUGUAUACUUUGUUAUUAGCGACGCACGUCGCUGAUGCUCUAUCGCCGGUCGAACGCGCCGCGGCGUUGGUCGCGGCCAUGUGCCACGAUUUAGAUCAUCCGGGCCUGUCGAACACGUUCCAGAACAACGAGAAUUCCGAGUUAAGCCAGCGCUACGACCGCCAGUCGCCGCUGGAAAACCAUCACCUGGCCGUCUUCGAGAAGCUCGCGGAGAAGCACCGCCUUUUUGAUGGGAUGGACGUGAAAGACGCGGCGCGGUUUUGGGAGGUGGUGCGGGGCAUGGUCCUCGCGACGGACAUGGCGCGGCACGGCGCGCUGAUGGAAAGGAUCAAGCAGAAGCUCGCGGAGCCGGCGUGGCACCCGCUGCAGACGCCGGAGGGUAUCGAUUUGGUGCUGCAGAUCGCGCUGAAGUGCGCGGACAUUUCGAACCAAGCGCGGCCGUGGCGCGUGGCCCGCAAGUGGAACGACGCCGUGUACGCCGAGUUCUACCACGAGGGCGAUUUAGAUAGAGAACGGGGCCGCCCCGUCGCGCCCUUACUCGAUCGGGACAAGAACGUGAUCUCGCGGUCGACGUGCGGGUUCAUCCAGUUCGUCGUCGCGCCUCUCUACGAGUCGUACGUGGCGAUCAUGCGGCGCUGCGCCGUGUUAGAUGCGGAGGUCGACUGCCGCGCCGUCGAGGAGUGCUUGGUCUUCCUCCGCAAGAACAAGGAGAAGUACGAGAGGCAGGUCAAGGGCGAGGCCGUCGACCCCGACGAGGCCGAGGCCGAGCUCACGAUCUUCAGCGAGGCGUCGCUGCGCACGGCCAUGGAGCAGCGCCGGUCCACGCUCCUCCCGGGCGUCAACGGCGCCUACCAGCAGGACGCGCGCGCGCGGCUCCUCGACAAGAUCAAGCAGCACUCGUCGGCGCCCGCCGAGGUGCCGGCCGCGCCGGGCUGA